AUGGACCCGAUGCGACAAAUGGACCAAAGCCUUUUCAUGACAUUGGAAUCUGCAAACCAGACAAUACUUCGAGAGAUUAAGUUAUUUACAAAUAAAUCGGAUACAUUCUACCAAUAUUUUUUUAUGCGUAGUAUAGAAAACUAUUAUAAUGCUGGAGAUAACACUCGCAUGUACACGUCAAUGAAUAACGUACGUGGUGGUGCAAAUCGAAAGCGCCAUGGAUCCACCUCCACCUUGAAUACACUGGACACUCAUGCGCCACCACCAACUAAUCCAAAAGACAAAAAACGUCUCACUUUGAAAUAUAUGACCCUGGUUUUUAGUGGAAUGUAUGCCAUACUAUUAGUCACUUUAGGUUUGAUAUUCAUCCUAUCAGGUUCCUUUUUCGCAAGCUCACUUUAUUCGAUAUAUUCAGUCAUUCUAACGCUCAUUGGCUUUGGGUAUGUUUUGUUUUUAUUAUUUGACAUUAACAGAUAUAAGACCGCCGCUUUAAAGAAUCAAGAAAUUGAAAAAUUGCACGCGGCAAAUAUAUCCGAAUACCAUAAUAGUCAAGAAGAAGAAAUUAGAAACAGUGAAUCAGUUAUCCGUAGGACUGAAAGUGACAAUAUUCUUGGAGUACCUUCUAAGUCGCUUAUUAUUUUGAAUCACGACUAUUGCUUUAGUGAGGGUCGACAUUCAGGCAGUUUUUAUCUUAAAAUGGGUGCAGCUGGUUUUGCUGUUGGCCACCUUGUACAUUCUAUCUUAUUAAUAACCUUACAAAUAAAUUAUUAUUUAGAUGAAAAUAUUGAUAAUCAAGACUGUGUCGAAAUAUUUCAACUAAUAUUUGACAUUAUAAAUCCGUUAUAUUCAUUUGUGCAGCUAUAUUUUAUUUUUCAAUAUUCUAAUGUAAUCAUUUUGCGAGCGCAGGGCUUGGCGCAGUUCGGUUUUAUGCAUUUGAUUGGCAGUAGUCUUUGCUUCUGGACUUCGACAAUUACACGUGAAACUAAAUUGGCGUUGACUCUCUAUGCCAAUUCUAAGUACAAAAAUUCAACACAUGGUGAUGAAUCAGUACAUAAUUUUGGGUCAGAGUACAAAAGUGAAGAUCAAUUGAAGGAUAUUAGUGACUUUUAUAACAAACGCUGUGAAGGGUCAUCUGCAAUUUUUUCAGUGUUUCAAAACUUAUCUCCAUACUUAUACCCAUUUAGUGUAGAAUUCAACAUCCUCAUUGUGGCUGUGUUAUAUAUCAUAUGGAGCAACAUUGGCAAUUGUAGUAAAGUAUCAGAUAACAGAGAAACUAAUUAUGCUUUAGAGGAGAAACAUUCCGUAUGCAAGAUACGGUCACCAAACGAAGAUACGAGCAGUAUGGUGAUCCAUGUCGAUUGUCAAGGUUCAAAUCGAGGACUCUUCAUGGGAUUAAUUCUAAUUGUAAUCGUCAUUGGAAUGCUCGUAAUCGGGUUUGUGUUUAGCAGCGUUGGCGAAAAAUUCGCAAAAGUGGCUUAUCAUCUAAAUGACCUUACUAAAUUAUUUAUGCACGUCAUGAUGCUAGUUGCCGCCGUUAUAGCUUACAAGCAAUCACUUAAGCUAGACAUAAAUGAGCAUCCUGUAUCCUUAUUAGAUGACGUCCUCCUCUUUAUAUGCUUGCCAGCGUUCUUUAUGGAUACAGUUUUUUCAAUGGCCGCUACAAUAAGUUUGCUGAAUAUCGUUAAAACCAUUGAUUUCGCAGUUAUGAUAAUACAGGUGAUUAUUCAAACACCUCUAUUGGUUGAUGGUCUACGUCGUUGCAGUAACAGCAGAAAACUGCGACGCACAAAGCCCGGACGAGAUCUUUUUAUGUUCCUUAUUAUAGCAAAUGUGGGGAUGUGGUUGUUAUACACAUUCUCUUACAAAUCGCCUGAUAGCCAAGACGAGAGAUACGAGUACUACGGCAAAGUACUUUGGACUAAACUCGGUCAUGUCUCUUUACCAUUUGUCAUGUUUUAUAGAUUCCAUUCUAGUGUAUGUUUCGCAGACAUCUGGUAUUCGGCUUAUAAGCCUAGUUCUGAACAUUAA